AUGCCCUCUGGAAGAAAACGCUUUCUGGAGGGCAGUGUCAGCAAUAACACUAGCAGUAGCAAUUAUUUACAAAAUGACAUAGAAUCUGAAAAGUAUCUAACAAAGAACUUUAUAAUUAUUUUGUUUGGAAUAUUGCUUAUCGUGUUGUUAUUAUUAUCAUUGCUUAUAUAUGCAUUAUAUCGUCGAUUCCGAAGUCACUCACAAAUUCUCAAUGGUAAAUGUAAAAGUGAUGAUAAUGUUGAUGAAUAUAUUUGUUUUACGAAGUCAGAAAAAGUUCCACUUGCUCGAUAUACACAAAUUCACACACCAGAGACAGCAGUGAAGUCAGUGAACAUUCCGUUGCAAUCACUGAAUAAACCGAACAACAAAAUGGCAUACUGGACGGCUGAUGACAGCGAUGAUUUUUAUGGUGAACUGACUGAAUGUAAACCUACUUAUGGUUAUUCAGUACGUCAUCAAACCAGUUAUAUUAAAUCAGAUGUAAUACAAUCUACUCAGCAAUUCAUUGAAUCGGCUGAAUUGAGAAGAAAAAAUGAAAAUUUCCGUAAAUUAACGGAUGAUCAGGAAAAGUCAAAAUCAAAUCUGCUAGUUGAUAGAAAUUGCAGAGGUAUUCGUCGUGCAAGUAGUACACCAAAUAUACCGAAACUUAUUAAUAAUCAAUCAAACAAUGUCGACAUAAAUCUUUCAUUCAAUCCUGAAGAGGAAGAUGAAGAGAAUGCCGGUAACAAUAGUAGACCAUUUGAUGAUCAUAAAUUCUUCAAAGUGAACGAUGAAAAUGAUGAGGAUAUUGCGGACUUCACGUUGAUCGAUAGCGUUGAAGACUCAGAAGCGAACGAUACAUUGGAAUCAGCAGAAAACCAAAUUAAUCAAUUACCAUUCAUACCGAUUAGAUAUCCAAGCUGGAUAAAGGAACGUGGUAUACCAGAAAGAGGUUACAUUACCCUAGCUAUACAAAUCGAAGGUGAUCUGUCCAACAGUAAAAAGCAUCCAUUUCUCUCUGUACGAAUAUUUGAUGCGCGCUGUGUUCUGAGUAGAAAUGUAGACCCGAAAGCAGGAAAAUUUUAUGUGAAAGCACGUCUUCAAUUAGCUGGCACAAACAAUUAUAUGUCAAUGUUAUCCUUAGAUCAAGUGUCUACAAAGUCACUGAAAAUUUCUUCUGAUAAGAUGGAUAUAUUUACAAUGAAAAGAAAUUGUUCAACGAUGCAUAGUGGUCGUACUCCUGUGAAACGUGCUUAUCGUUCACCAGUGUUUCGGUAUAAAAUCGUCAUACCUUUACCACUGAAUAUAAUCGAUGCAAUAAUUAACCAGUCAACUUCACUUAAUGAAUCCAUCGAGUCAAUUUCAUCAAUAAGUUUGGAAGAUGGUGCAAUGCAGAAUUAUGAGCUUAAAAUAGAUUUGAAAGAACGUAACGCAUGUAAGACAAAUGAUCUACACGGAACUGCUACUGUUCAAUAUUUACCAUACUGGAGAUCUUCACAGUUGAUUGGUAGUGUACGCAUUCCCAUAACAUUUAAAAUGUGGCAAUAUCUGUUGGGAAAUGUGAAUAAAUUACGUCGUUCUACAGUUGUGAAUUUGCCAAUCUCUCAAGUCACCAAUACAAACGAGAAAUCAUCGGAAUUAUUAUCAAAUAAAUUGUUGUGGUUUGUCAGGUGUUUGCAAGUUCCUGAUGAAAAUGCCAAUUCACGAGGAGAGAUUACUUUUGGUAUGCAGUAUAACCAAGAAAAUGGCAAUCUGAUUAUCAGCCUAUUCAAUUGUGCUGCAAUGAAUUUGCCUAAACGAACAAAAAAUUUAUUUGUUCGUGCUUCAUUGUGCUCGAAUUGGAAAUUAUUUCGAACUGUUCAAUCUAGACCAACUGCUCGACUUUCUGUGAAUUCAGCAGAGUUUAUGUUGGGUGAGAAAUUAAAUUUUAUCAUCGAAGAAGAAAUUAGUAGUGUGUGUGUAAUACUGAGUGUGUUUGCACGAUCUGGAAGUAAACUACAAGAAGCUAUUACACUAAUCGGUCGUUGUGUAACUGGACCACCAGAUUUAGCAUGUGGUGAUGGACUUUCACAUUGGUCAUCAGUCUGUUCUAAACAAGGCAUGAUAAGACGUACACAUAUUCUGUCGUAG